GAAUGGCGUGCGCCUGCGCAGAGGGUAGCUCCACGAGGCUGCGGGGCGGUGGUCCCCGAGAGGCGGGCCCCGUGCGCAGCCGCAGUUUGGGCCCGGGACGCGGAGCUGAAGGCGCGCGCCUGUGGAGCGUGAGAGACGAGCCAGCUUUGUUGUGCCAAAAGAGUAUGAAAUACCUGCUGGUGCUUAGCCCCAGCAAGUUUCAGUGCCACCCAAUGCAAGCAGCAAAUUCCACUGACAUCCCAGCUGGUUUCCAGGUGAACCUCCCAGGUGCCAUAGCAAGUAAUUUCCUAGCCAUUUCCACGGACACACUGGCUGGUGGCUUCCCAGUGAGUUUCAUCAGUGUCUCAACCAAGGGCAAUAGAUGAAUCUACUCCUGGUAAAGAUACUGUGAAGAUGGUUGAAAUGACAACAAAGGACUUAGAAUAUCACAUAAAAUUAGUUGAUAAAGCAACAGCCACAGUUUGAGAAGCUGGACUCCAGUUUUGAAAGAAGUUCUACUCUGGAUGAAAUACUAUCAAAUAGCAUCGCCUGCUACAGAGAAAUCACUUGUGACAGGAAGAAUCAAUCCCAGUGGCAAACUUUAUUGUUGUCUUAUUUUAAGAGAUUGCCUUCAGCAAACCACCCUGAUCAGUCAGCAGCCAUCAACAUGGGGACAAGACCCUCCAACACACUUAAAAUAUAACCACGAUGUGAAAUCUCAGAUAGAGAAUGUCACUUUCCACCAUGAAGGAUUCUUCUGGAGAUGUUGGUUUAAUGGGAUUGCGGAAGAGAAUGAUUCCAGUAUCUGGAAGUUCUGGUACACCAAUCAGCCACCGUCCAAGAACUGCAUGCACGCCUACCUGUCACCAUAUCCCUUCACGAGAGGGGAACACAAUUCAACCUCCUAUGACUCUGCUGUUAUUUACCGUGGUUUCUGGGCAGUCCUGAUGCUUCUGGGGGUCGUCGCCGUGGUGACUGCAAGCUUUCUGAUCAUCUGUGCAGCCCCCUUCGCGAGCCAUGUUCUCUAUAAAGCCGGCGGAGGCGGGUACAUUGCUGCAGGCUCAGAGCAAAACUUAGAGGACAUAUGUGGCCACUCCUUGCAGCUGGGCAGAUUCCUCUUCAGGCAGUCUCUGGCCAUGUGCUCCCCAAGGAGGUUCGGGUAUGAACCAAGUGCAUGUCCUCAGGCUUAAUGAACAAUCAACUUUUGACAACCAUUUCAUGCAAAUGACCAAUCGUACCCUAUAGUCCAAGAACUCCAGAUUCAGAAGUCGAUUGAUUGCUGGCAUUAAACACCGAUGGUGUGUGAACUAAUGGGACUUUCAGCAAUUAUGUUUCAAGAAUCUUGUAUACAGAAGUGGUCAAGACAAGGAAACCAGCUCUAAUAAUGAGUUCAAGAGCUUUUGUGAACUGCCCUGGGAAAUAAGCUAUUGUUUACAACCCUGGAGCUUUGGGAAAGUGCGUUUUAAGUUUUAACCAACCUACAAAUGAAUUUUUGAAACACAAACCACUUAUAAAGGGGAUCCUAUCUGCAUACAUUUUCCAUGCAAUUAUGUUAAAAGAAGAGCAAAGAAGGGUUUCAAAGGUAGAACUUCUGGUUCUUGGGAUAUGCUUCUAAACGUGAGUUUCUGCCAUGACUUAUUAUAGACAUGAUGUGCCCAUCCAAUAUGGUGUUAGAAAGAAGGACUAGGCAUAGUUUUUGAUACAGUGCUCCUUUUAUUUCAUAGGACACAGACCUACAUUUUCUUAUGUGUUAUACAAAGUGAACUGUGUAUACCAAGUAGUGAAAACUCAACAAAAAUGAAAAAUAUUGACAUAUUUCAUGGGGCUGUGCCCUGGUUUUCCAAUGCCCAGCAUGAAAGAAUGACAGACAAACAUCUGGUCUUGAUGGAUACAGUGGUCACAUAUUUCAUUGGACUGUAUCUGCCUACACUCUUUAUUCUGCCAAGUUUCCAUUUUAUACAUAAUCAAGACACAUUUCAAGGUUGUAUUUCUGGGCUAUGAAUUAACCGCUUCAUUUCAGUGAUUCUCUCCAGUUUUCCUCCAAGUUCCAUGCACUGAAAAUACUUCCUUUUGUUAUUAUUAUUGUAUUUGUUGCUGUUGCCCCUUUUCUAUUGGAUUUAUCUGUCAGAUCAUACAUCACAGACAUUUCACAAUUCUGAUUGGAAAAGGCCUCACCCAACCUGAUCAGGUGUGGUGGUUUGAGUAUUAUUCUUGGAAGGUCUUUGGAAGGUUUCUCUCUAGAAUUGAUUCUCCAGGAAUGUAGACAUUGGGCUAGGAGGUCAGAGCCAAAGGCAGGAGCAUAUACAACUGUGUUCAAGUCCAGCACUUUAAAUAUAAGCCAGAAGAAGUUGGAACCAUUGCAAAACACAUUCAUAAUAUCAUUUGAGGGACAGCUGGGGUCAGUGCUAAAUUUUGAAUUAUCAGAUGCAGAGAGGCAACUCUUGCAUAACAAUAAGCAUAGACUGUCACACUGAACAGAAAAUAACCACAUUUUCACCUUGGAAAGUAUUUUCUAAAUAGGACGACAGUAAUUGUUUUUAGGGAGCUAUUCAUGACUUCCAUUUUUUUUCUCCCUACCCUCAAGAAUCACCCAGGAAUAAGGUAAACUUUUUAUCAUAAUUUAUACGAUGUGGCAAUUUUUUGAAUAGUUUAGAAUUUUUAUAGCCUGAUAACGGAUCUGCCAAAUUGCACACAGCCAUCCUGCACUGGCAGGAAGACGGGCUUGGAUGACCUGCUGGGUCCUUCUCAUUUCUAAUGUCUGUGAGUCUUUUGAAAUACAUCCCAGAGCUUAAUUAUGACAGCGGUCUUUAUUAUUCUGAGCCCCUAACGGCAUACUUCACGAGAACAAUGUAAGAAGAAAAGGGUUGGUGCCUUUGCCGUGGUUGACACAAAAAUUGGAAGAUGUGAUGAUUUCACGGAGGAGCUCUUCUUUCUCAGGCAGGUGGAAGGUUGGAGAGGGAGCGGUGGGUUAGGGAUCAGAGAUGCUGGCAGGCGCUCAUCAAACUAAUUCUGUUAUUCUUUCACAGUCUAGUAUAAAUCAAUUAUGGAUAUACUUCUUGUAGAAAUAACAGCCAUGUUAAUUUUGACCCGUUGGAUCCGUUUAAACAGCUUGGCUAUCAUUUCUCUCCCUCACUACAUCCAGUCCUGGCUCUGGCAUCUCCCUGGAAUUGUGCAUGGGGACUGGAAAAUUGAGUGCCAUGCUUUUUUUUUCUUUUAAACUUUGUAAUUUGAAAUAAAUUUAAACCUACAAGGCAGUUAGAAAGAUAGAGAACCCCACACACACUGUCACCUACUACCUCCAAUGUUAACAUCCCAUGAAACCACAGAUAACUUUUUCAAGAAACCAACGUUGGUACUAUACCACUAACUAAAACUAUGCACCUUUUUUUUUUUUAUCUCGACUAUCUUCCCUCCGGUGUCUUUUUCUGUUCCAGGAUCUGAUCCAGGACCCCACUUUGCAUUUGGCUGUACUGUCUCCUUAGCCUUCUCAAUCUAUGACCUUUCCUCAGUUUUUCCUUGUUUUUCAUGACCUGGGUGCUUUUGAAGAGUACUGGUCAAGCACCUUGUCGAGUGUCUCUCAAUCGGUUUUUUCUGAUGCUUUGAUAGAUUGGAGCUAUGGAUUUGGGGGAAGAAUACCACAGAGAUGAUGUCCCCUUCUCCGAGCAGCACGAGGCACAGAAUGUUAAUCUAACCCAUUAGUGGUGAGGGUAACAUGGGCUCUGCUAAGUCAGUGACAUACAGCUUAUUCCAUUUUUGUGAACAGGGCCUGAGUUAGCAAAGGAGCCUUGCAAGGCUUGUGUUAACAAUUUAGUAGACACGUAGUUUGAACAGUAUGUACGUGCACUGAGGAAGAAUUCAGUGCUUCAAAUCCGUGAUGGGGUUUGCAUUUUUUACUUUCUUGCCCUAUGGUCUGUGAUCAUCAGGAGUUAUAUAGGUCUAAAUACAUCUCUGGUAGCACUGUGGCUGCUUGUAGACAUCUGUAAGUCAGCCCCUGACCCCACUUGGCCUAGGUUUGUAACUCUAAAACUGAAGGAUUAUCCAUUGAUGACCUUUAUGCGUGACGGCUCACCUAAAGAAAGAAGCACUGAUCCAGUCACCAUUUUGGGAGUUAUCUUCUUUAUCUGUAUAUGCCACGUUUAUCUUUUUUUCCCCUUUGCCCUGGGAGGUAGAAAAAUCAGAAAGUGUUUCUCUACUCCACAAAUUAAAAAACGACUCCCCCCCCCCAAAAAAAAACCACAAUGAAGUCUCAAGGACUUGCUCUAUAUGGCUAUAGCAGUGCAGAGUUAGAACAUCCAGGCUCUUGGAUGCUCAGUCCACUGAGCUGCCUUGACACUCUGUUCACCCAACAAAAGAGGCUCAGGGCCCUGGGCAGGUCCAGAAUAGUUCAAUCUAUAAGCAGGUGCCUCCAACUCUGAGUGUGUUACCAAGUUAUUACAAAGCCAAGGGACAUUAGUUAAUCACUCUGGCUUUUCCACUUGGUGGUUGUUAUUUCAGGAAUAAAAUAUUCCUGGGGUCUAUUUCUAAUUUAAUGCCAAGAUGCAAAUUGUGCCUCACCUGUUUCUCCAAGGUAUUAUUUAUGCCGAAAUAACACCUCCUAGAUAAGGACCCAUUGUGCCUGUUUCCUUCUUUGGAAAUUAAGGAUAAUAAUAGCAAUCACCUGCACACAAAGCAAUUGUGGAGGGUGGGGAUUGGGAAAGACUCAAUAAUUGUAACAGCUCAGGGAAAACCCAAAUCAGGAAAAGUGCUAUGGAAAUGUGAAAUGCAGUAGCGAGAAUGAUAGCAUGUCUGCGAAUUCACCACCAGAGGCCAGGAUAACACAAAUGCUGGGUAAACAGUAACUUCCUUCAACAAAUACACAUCGGCUACAUAUACCAUCAGAAAAUGAAGCUAGAAAGGAUCCUUGAUAAAAAUAGCCCUGGCUAAAAAUUAUUUUUAAUAGAUCUUAUUUUUUAGAGCAGUUUUCGGUUCACAGCAAUAUUAAGCUGGAGAUGCGGAGAUUUCCCAUGUACACCCUGUUCCCCCAUCCACCAUGCACACAUACACACAGCUUCCCCCAUCAUUAACAUCCUGCACCAGAGUGAUACAUUUGUUGUAACUGAUGAACCAACACUGACACGUCAUUAUUACCCAGCAUCAAUAGUCUACACUAAGCACUCACUCUUACUAUAUUGUGCAUUCAGCGGAUUUGGACAAGUAUGUAAUAUGUGUUCACCAUUAUUAUAUCAUGCAAAGUAGUUCAGUGCCCUAAAAUUCCUCUGUGCUCCACCUACUCAUUCCUCUGUUCCCUUUUUAUUCUUGGCACCUCCCGAUCUUUCACUGUCUCCAUAGUUGUGCCUUUUCCAGAAUGUCAUAUUAUGGGAAUCAUACAGUAUACAGCCUGUUCAGGUUGGCUUCUUUCACAUAGUAAUGUGCACUGAAGUUUCCUCCAGGUCUUCUCGUGACUUGAUAGCUCAUUUCUUUUUAGCACUGAAUAAUAUUCUAUUGUGUGGAUGUACCAGAGUUAUUAGUAGUAGUAGUAGUAGUAGUAGUAGUAUUUUUAUCUAUUCACCUCCUGAAGGACAUCUUUAUUGUGUCCAAGUUUGGCAAUUAUGAAUAAAGCUGCUAUAAACAUCCGGGUGUAGGUUUUUGUGUGGACAUAAGUUUCAGCUCGUUGGGUAAGUACCAAGGAGCACGAUUGCUAGAUCAUAUGGUAAAAUGUUCAGUUUUAAAAUGUUCAGUUUUAAAAGAAACCUCUCCAGACUGUCCAAAAUGUCUUCCAUGGUGGCUGUACUCUCUCCCACAUCGCUGCGCCACCAGCAACGAAUGAGGAUUCCUGUUGUUCUAAUCUUCUUCAGCAUUUGCUGUAGUCAGCUUUCUGGAUGUAGGCCAUUCCGAUACUUGUGUGGUGGUAUCUCUUUAUGGUGAAAGAUUUUGCGCGCUUACUAGGUGCCAGACACGGGGCUAAGCGCUGUAAACAAUGAUCUCAUUUGAUCCUUACAAAAAUCUGAUGAGGUAAGUGCCAUGAUUUUGUCAUUGUAUUUCACAUGGAGAUAAAGGGAGGUGUAGAAAGGUUACAUAACCUAGGGUUAGGUAUACCUAAGGUUCCAUAAAUAGCAAGGACAAAGCCAAGUGUUCAGAGGUGCUCCCACAGGAUGUGAAGCUGGAUUCCUGGUCUGCCUGUCCCCCCCCCCCCUCCUUUUACAGAGGAGGACAUGGACUCCAGAUCUGUAAAAGGACUCAGGGGAAGUCAUGGCUACUUAGAGUAAGAUGCAGGAAGAGAACCCCAUCUCUCCCAGCCUUGUCCUCUGCACCACACACAAGGCAGCCGUCAAUCAUGUCAGGAUUGGCUUCUGACCUAAGGUGUGCAGUCCUUGGCUUUAUACUGAGGAAUCCUGGGGGAUGAUGGCUAUUCCAAGCUUCUCAGAUCCACGGCUUAUUACCAAUGUACUUAAUUUCAUGCUCAGAUUAAAGACAGAGGACCUCUCUUGAGAGCAACACAUAAACCUAGCGUCGGCUUGCUAUCUACUUGAAAUAUGUUGCCUACCCCGCUCGUGAAUGCCAGCCACAGAUGAGAGCUCUGUGUUAUUGCGGUACCUCCCUCCACUGUUAAUUGUCUUCUUAGGUAGUUUCCGUUCCCAGUUCUAUGAUACCCUGUGGUGUUUCUAAUUUUUUUCAUACGAAAUAGAGAAUUCUUAGGACAUUAGUUCCAACCCAAUUCAGUUUUAAAAACAAAUGUUCGGCAUAAGAAGGUGAAGUUUGUGGAUUUUUUUUUUUUUUUCAUUUUAGGGGGUUGUCAUUCCAAAAGUGUCAAGAAGUAUAAAGUUGCUCAGUAAGACAAAUAAGAGAGAUGAUUUGUUCUUAACUUGAAUUAGAGAACAAAAACAAAAGUGGUAAAGCAUCAACUAACUUCUACAGCUAGACCGUAGAGUGAUUGGCUGCUGUUAAUAGGGUGGAGAUUCUGCCUUUGAAACUGUGAGGUCUUUUAUUUUUUAAAUAUUUUAAAAUAAACGUUUAUUUAUUUAUCGGACUCCUGAACUGUUGGGAUGCCACCUUGAUGGACCACCAGCACCCCCCUGUGGGACGUGCUUUCCAAGGCAGUGGGGAGGUCGGAGCAAAAGACCCACAAUGCACUGCGGCAGAGCAACUGGGUUAGGCUGAGGGGCUGUUAGCGCCUCCUGUGGAUUUGGUUCUAGCUGCACCCUCGGGCUUUCCAGAGAUCCAAGCGUGCAGGCUGAUUUUGGCCUUUCUGGGAAGGGGCUUGGGGGAAGUUGCUGGUUAAAGGAGGCAGCAAGUGGCUCCUGAGAUCUCCCCACUGCAGGACUGGCUGCAUAAUCUGUGGGGCCCAGUGCAAAAUGAAAAUGGGAGCUCCUCGUUGAAAAGUUACUAAGAAAUUCCAGAGCAGAGCACUAAUCCAAGCACAGGUCCAAGUGCGGGGCCCUGUAUGACUGCAGUUAUCACUCACCAUAAAGCUGACCCCUGCCCCAGAGUUAGCCUCUCCUCUUGCCUUGUUGCCAAAUCUGUAUCAGGGGACAGUCCUCUCUCUUAACCUAAAUCUUCAUUUUAUCAGAAUAAAAUCAUGCGGAAAUGAACAGGACACAUUUGUCUUUAUAUUUGAGGAGGAAGAAAUUCCUAGUAGAAUUUCAUGGGCUUGUGGGCUACUAAUCCCAUCUGAGUGAAACUGGUAUUAAUAAGAAAUACUAAUUAAUGUUUUCAGAUGACCUUUUACAAAUUCACGAAGUCUUACUCUCUUUUCCUUGGCAAACCUAAUUAUCCAAUUCUGCCUCCGUCGGUGGCAUUGUGUUUACAGUUCCCCGGUGUGAUUUGGGUUUUGUAAAUUUUAAGUUUCAAAACAGAAAAUUAUGAUGCUCAGUUAUCACUUCAGACAGCUAGAGUGUGAGCCUAGGUAUCAAAGCACAUAACGACAUUAGUGUUAUGCCAUGUGGUACGUAUGUCUAACAUGUUAAGGACGUGCAGAGAAAGGAGGGCUUAAUUCAGCCGCAGAUGAAAUAGGAGAAAGCUUUCCAGAGGAUGCCAGGGUGGAAACUCCUAUGUACUGUCUCCAUCUGUCCCCUCGGCCCCACUUGAUAAUUCACAGCACACGUGUGCCAUUUCCCAAAUAGAUGACCCCUUCUCAUUUGUCAGUGCUCACGUCUCAAGGAAUCAAAGUCCCGAAAACACUUUGGAAUCUGUUGUAGAGGACACCAGGAGGUCAGCGAUGACUUUCAAAGCUGGGAUGAGGCAGCUGCACGUUGUAGGAGCCGUUCCGGGGCUUUGUGGGGAAUGGACGAUAGCUCCUGGGCAACAUGGCUGUAAGGGAUUUGAACUCUCCAAGGUCUCGCGGCUGUGCUGGUGGAGAGGCCAUGAGACUGUAACCACCCGUUGAUGGAGGAAGGGCAGGGAGAGGACGAAUUUGAGAUACACUGUGGAUGUGAAUAACGGGGAGAGAAAAGUCAAGAGCUGCUAAGGACCCACCGUCUUCCCGAAGGUGGUACAACAGGCAUUCAUUGUUAGGGACACCCCACAUAGCAUCAAGUAACCCAUAGUAAUUGUGCUUCUUUCUGGUAAACGGGGUCUCAACUGAUUUUCAUCUGCUUGCUUUGCUCUCUUUUUCACUUGGCCAUGAAUACUUUGGUCCCUAGGAUAGUCUUCUCUUUGCCUUUGUAACCGUGUUUGUUUCACACGGUGUAAACAGUGGGUGCUCACUACAUACCAUUUUCUGACUGAUUAGGAUUUCAAGAGACCACCAAAGCUGUUUAAAAAGCGGUGUGAGGGGCGCCUGGGUGGCUCAGUCGGUUAAGCCUCCGACUUCGGCUCAGGUUACGAUCUCGCGGUCCGUGAGUUCGAGCCCCGCGUCAG